AUGUUUCUCUUAUGUUUUUUAGAGGUGGCACCCUAUCUGCGAGGGGUCGGCCUGAGGCAACAAGUGGUACUGGAGGGAAACAGACUGGUGCUGACCUGCUUGGCUGGUGGCAGCUGGCCACUGCAGUACCGCUGGUCUCUCAACAGCAGCAACAUCACGGACUGGACGCCGCAGUACAGGCUGUUUGUGCCGUCGCUGCAGAGGACAGAUGCUGGCCUUUAUCAAUGUACAGUGAGGAACAGGAUGGGCGCCAUUAUUCAUGGGAGAACGGAGGUGCAAGUUGCCUUUAUGGGAAGGUUCUCAGGUGCAGAGCAGAGAACGACAGCCAGCCAAGGCCAUGCUGCUGUCAUCAGCCCACCUCCCCUGGCAUCCUUCCCUCAACCUUUGGUCACUUGGUACAAAGACGGGCACAAGAUUAUUCCCAACAAUCGAAUAACCAUCACCUUGGAUAAUCAGCUGGUUGUCCUAGCAACUACCAUAGCGGACGCUGGACGCUAUCACGUGGAGGCCGUGAACGAGAUGACGGGCGAUAAUGUGACCAGUCCCGCCAUCUACUUGAGCAUCUCAGUGGGCAAGAAGAGCCGUGGGUCAACAGAUUCUGAGACCGAAGUUGAUCCUCCAGCCAUUGUGAUCGAACCUAAAAAUACAACAGUCCUUGCAGGGGCUACAGCCAUCCUGGAGUGCAUUGCUAAUGCCAGAGAUGUGGACAGCCUACUUAUGGUGUGGAAACGCGAUGGAAAUCCCUUUGCCAGUGGGCGGCGACUGGUGAUUCCCGCCAUAGCUUCCUCAAAUGGUGGCUUGUAUGUUUGCGAAGCUCUGCUUGGCAACAGCACCACCAAAGCUGCCGAGGCCAGGGCGCACCUCUUUGUGAUUGAGCCACCUUCUCUGUCUGCUCAGCCUCAUUUGACGAUUUCUGCUCAGAUCGACAAAAAUGUGGAUAUUCCCUGCUUGGCCACAGGUGUGCCUCCACCCAGAAUUGAGUGGUACAAGGACGCUGUGCCCCUGUCCAAGCUAGCCAACCCUCGCUAUAAGAUCAACAGCGCAAUGGGCCUGACGCUGCGCCGAGUGCAGCCAGGGGACAGCGGGAUCUUCCAGUGCUUUGCCCGCAAUGCCGCAGGAGAGACGCAAGCCCAUGCGCAGCUACUCGUCUCCAAUGUGCCUCCUUCCUUCUCCGUGCACCCCUCCAACAUAACCGUAACUGAAGGGAACACCGCUGUGUUUAUAUGCCAGACGAAUGGCGCCCCAAAGCCUGCCAUAACCUGGAGGAAAGGAUUGCAGGUUUUAGCAAGUGGGUCUGUGCAAGUGUCCAGGUUCACACUGUUGCAAUCAGGUAGCUUGCAGGUUCAACCCGUCAACUUCCAGGAUUCAGGAGAAUACACCUGCAUUGCUUCUAAUUCGGACAGGACCAUCAACGCCACAGCCGCGCUAACUGUCUGGAGUCGGACCGUCAUCUCUGAGCCCCCGUCAGAUCUGCGUGUAAUCAAAGGCACCACAGCUUUUUUGGCCUGCAAUGCAACACAUGACCCCAGAGUCAAUGUCAGCUUCAAGUGGGAUCGAGGCGGCGUGCCUAUCCUUACCAGCAGUGGGGGGCGUGUCUCUGUACGCCAUGGCUCCCUCACCAUUGGCCAGACAUGGUCAGGUGACAUUGGGGAUUACACCUGCACUGUGACCUCAAAGGCCGGCAACGAUUCCCGCUCUGCGCGUCUGGAAGUCAUUGAGCUGCCACACUCUCCUCGCUCCCUGGUGGCACUUCUCAAUGACUCCGAUUCACGCUCAGUCCUGCUUUCCUGGCUGCGCCCGUUUGACGGAAACUCUCCGCUUCUCUACUAUCUGUUGGAGCUCUCGGAGAACAACUCUCCAUGGAAGGUCUACCUGUCCGAGGUGGAUCCUACUGUGACCAACAUAUCAGUGGGCGGACUCACACCUGCCCGGACUUAUCAGUUCCGACUUUGUGCUGUCAAUCAUGUGGGUCGGGGUCAGUACAGCGCAGAGACGCAGCGGUUGAUGCUGAGAGAGGAGGCUCCGAGUGCACCCCCAAAAAACAUUGUGGCCAGCGGGCGGACGAACCAGUCUAUUAUGGUCCAGUGGCAGCCUCCUCCAGAACCGCAGCUUAAUGGCGUACUCAGAGGAUACAUGCUCAGGUAUCGUCUAGCAGGGCUUCCGGGCGACUACCAAGAGAAGAACAUCAGCAGUCCAGAGACCAACUACUGUUUGCUGAAGGAGCUGAUCAUCUGGACCCAGUACCAGAUCCAAGUGGCUGCCUACACGGGCGCCGGCCUCGGCGUCUACAGCAGUCCCGUUACUGAAUAUACGCUGCAAGGAGUUCCCACUGCGCCUCCACAAGAAGUGGAAGUGUUGGCUAUCAACUCCACUACUAUCCGCUUCACAUGGAACUCACCACCUCAGCAGUUCAUUAACGGCAUCAACCAGGGAUAUAAGCUGCUAGUCUGGCCAGAACAGGCUCCUGAGGAUGUCACCGUGGUAACCAUCACCCCAGACUAUCCCAGCUCGCGCCACACGGGCCUGGUGAGCGGACUGAAGAAAUUCACCUGGUACUUCAGCUCAAUACUGUGUUUCACAACACCUGGAGACGGACCACGCAGCCCUCCUAAACUGCUCCAAACACAUGAAGACACCCCUGGACCUGUCCGUCAUUUGAGUUUCACCAAAAUCUUGGACACGUCCGUGCAAGUCAGUUGGGCAGAGCCUGAAGAAAAGAAUGGCAUUGUUACUGGGUACAUGCUGUGGUGGGAGGUGUCUGGCGUGCAAUCCAGACGUGAGGAGCGAGCCCUGUCCAAUUCCACCUUGCAAUACCAGCUAACGGGCCUCACCUCCACCACUACGUACAUUCUGAAGGUGGCCGCCCUCACUGCUGCCGGACGGGGCGUUGUCACAUCGUCCAACAUCUCCACGGGCGUUCCCCCAGAACUUCCUGGUGCACCCUCAAACUUGAUCAUCUCCAACAUCAGCCCUCGGGCCGUGACUCUACGCUUUCGACCCGGUCCUGACGGGAAGACCGCUAUCUCCCGUUGGAUUGUAGAAGCCCAGGUGGUGAAGCAGGAUGGCACUGAAGACUCAUGGAGGGUAGUUUACCAGCUGGACAACCAGGCAGGUGCUGACAGUCUGGAGAUACCCAACCUCACUCCCUUCACUCAGUAUAGAUUUAGGAUGCAGCAGGUGAACAUUGUGGGCUCCAGCCCUCUGAGCGACCCCUCCAGGCUUAUCCAAACCUUACAGGCUGCCCCUGACACCCACCCAUCUGACCUCACAGCACGGUCUACUACGCAGACCGGCAUUUGCUUCAGCUGGAAGCCUCUCCCUGAGUCAGAGUACAACAGCAGCCCGGAGACGGUGGGAUACCGGCUUCGCGUACGCAGGACAGACGGCCUGGCAGAGGACCGGACCGUGGAGGUCGAGGGUGCCGCGGGUGAGGUCACAAUGGAAGGCCUGGAUCCUUGGACCCACUACCGGACCCGGAUACAGGCCUACAACUCCAUUGGACCCGGCCCCUGGAGCGAUGCUGUCUCUGCACGCACAGCUGAAUCUGUCCCAUCAGGAUCUCCUGUCAAUGUGACUGCUGAUGCCGUGAGUUCCUCCAAAAUUCUGCUCAUGUGGUCUCCCGUUCCCCAAAUGAAGCGGAAUGGGGCCAUCCUCGGAUACAAGGUCUUUUAUUCUGAGAAGGACUCGGAACAACCCCCCAGUGUAGUUUUGGCAGAAGGAGAGCGGAAUGUAUCGCUGCUUCUCGGCAUGCUGAGGAAGUACACGCUAUACACGCUGCAGGUGUUGGCAUACACACGGAUGGGAGACGGACCCCCCAGCAGCCCUGUGCUGCAGAGGACCAAAGAAGAUGUCCCAGGGUCACCUGUCAGGGUGGUGUUUCCAGAGGUCCACUUGUCAUCAGCCAGGGUGGUGUGGGAGCCUCCCACAAAUCCGAACGGCAUCAUAUUAGGCUACCAGAUCGCCUAUCGCCUGGAGCACAGAGACAGUCAACAGUGGACCACGGUGGAGGUGGGCUCCAAUGGACGUCAGUUCACUGUCACAGGACUCACCCCAGAGCAGACCUACGUGUUCCAGCUGGUAGCACGAACCGCCGUAGGCUGGGGCCAAGAACACGUUGCCUUGGUGGUCACCACGGAAAGAAGAGAGCGUCCACAGCCACCUAGGAAGUUGUCAGUUCCACAGGAUGGGGUGGAAGCACGUCGGCUGCGCCUUCACUGGGUUAUGGGCAGCUCUGGUUCCUCCCCAGUAAGAUACUUGACCGUACAAAUUAAAGAGCUGCCCGAUGGCGAUUGGAUCCCAAAUACAGCAGAUAUCCCACACAACGUAACUGUCUGGACAAUUGACAGGUUGAAGCCCUUCACCUCAUACAGACUGCGGAUGCUGGCUACCAAUGACAUCGGACACAGUGUCUUCAGUAAGGAGACUGAUGCUGUCACAACAUUGCAAGAUGCUCCUGAUGAGCCGCCUGAGAUCAUCACAGUUAAACCAUCAACAACGACCUCCAUCUUGGUCCAGUGGAAGCGGCCGAGUGACGAUCACAUCAACGGUGUGCUGACGGGAUACCGGCUGUAUUACCGAGAGCUGCCGUUUAACUCGUCUUCCUCUGUCGAUAAUGUCCAGCAAAGCAAAAGCAGCACAGACGCCCACAUUACAACCAAGAGCACCUUCAAGACAGUCAGCAGCUCCUCGCUAACAGAGUUUGAGUUGACACAAUUGAAGAAGUUCAAGCGCUAUCAGAUUGUCAUGACGAGCUACAACAUCGUCGGCGAGAGUCCUCCUUCUGAACCCGUCGAGGUGUCCGUUGGAGAGGCAGCUCCAUCGGUGGCCCCGCACUCCAUCCGAGUGUCAGCCAUGUCUCCCUCCAGCCUGGAAGUGAGCUGGGACACGCCCCCUCUGGAGACCCAGAAUGGACUCAUCCAAGGAUACAAGGUACACUACUGGCAGAAGGGCAGGCAGAACCAGACAGAGAAGGUGAAGGUGAUUUUUGUACCGGACACUCGCAUGCUCCUGAGUAACCUAAGCAGCUACACAAAUUACUUGGUCACUCUCACCGCCUUUAACACGGCUGGAGACGGACCGCCCAGCGACCCACGCGGUGCACAAACCCUACAGUCGGCCCCCAGCAAGCCAAGCUACCUCUCCUUCUCUGAGGUGACGGAAGGGAGCGUCAACGUCUCAUGGGGGACUCCUUUAACCCCCAAUGGCCUGCUGGAGGGGUACCAGGUCAUCUACCAACCCACUGCUCCAGUGCAAGGCGUCAGCAAAGUGGUGACGGUGGAUGUGAAGGGCAGCUGGCAGCGAUGGUUGAAGGUUCGAGACCUGGUGAAAGGAGCCACAUACACGUUCACAGUCCAAGCCCUCACCGUCAGCUACGGACCCCCGAUACGUGCAAACAUUACAGCAGAGCCUGUGAAAGGCGCACCCGGGUCGCCUGCAGAAAUCUCCAUCACAAAGGAGUCCUCCUCACUCACCAUCCACUGGGCAGAGGGCGACAACGGGGCUGCGCCCAUAAGCGGUUACGUGAUCGAGUCGCGUCCCUCAGAUGAGGGUUUGUGGGACUCUUUCAUCCGACUGCUGUCUCCCGGCACCCGGUCCGUGGCGGUGCCGCUGGAGCGCCUGCGACCCGGGGUCAGCUACGAGUUCCGAGUCAUUGCCGUCAACCGCUUUGGCUUCGGUCAGCCGAGCAAACCCUCAGCUGCACUCGCUGCUUUGUCCGAGCGACCAUUCUAUGAGGAGUGGUGGUUCUUGCUGGUCAUGGCGCUGGUGGGCCUCAUCCUCAUUCUCAUCCUAGUUUUCACUUUGCUGCUGCAUGGGCACGGCAGCAAGUACAAAGCCUGUGGCACAGGCAAACACAUGUCUUCAGUAGAGGAGUCUGUCACACUGGACAAUGGAGGUUUCACCACACUGGAGCUCAAUAGCAGAGCGCUUACCAAUACCAAGAACACCUUCUUGAAAAAGAACGGAACAAGGUCACCUCCCAGACCAAGUCCAGGCGGACUUCACUACUCAGAUGAGGACAUCUGCAACAACUACAAUGGAGCGGUUCUGACAGAGAGCACUACACUCACUGAGAAACCAACCGAGGUUUCUGAGUCAGAGUUGACGGACAGCGACUACGAGGACGAGCAGCCCAAGCACUCCUUCGUCAACCACUACAUGAGUGACCCUACCUACUACAAUUCGUGGAAGCGGCAGCCCAAAGGUCUCAAGCCACUGGGUUCGCCGUUCAGCUACGAGGAGUGUGCCACCGCCGCCCCUGACUCAGAGCCGUACUACCAGACCGUGGUCACCCAACACAGCGCAGGCGGAGUCUACACGCCCACGGGACAGCCGGCGCUCACCCACGCCAAUCCAAACACCAACCCGCCCGGCUCACGCACGCCCGUGACGGGAUUUUCCUCCUUUGUUUGA